AUGUCUAAAGCAAAGCCCAUGACUAUAGCCGCAGUAAGCAGUACACUGGGCGCUGGCUUAGCCCUACUCUACUCAACGCCAGCCAAUGAGAAAGAAUCAGUGAACAUUCCCACCCCCCAGUCCAAGUCCUUGCCAUCUCCAGAUGAAGGCCUCGUCAUCUUACCAAACGCCCUCACCGAAAACAACACCACAACCGCUGCCAUCCAAGAAAAAACCCCUCCCCCAGUCUCGCCAAUCGGCAUCCUAAAAUACGGCAACCCAGGGCCCAUCAACGACAAAAUCACCGCCAUCUCCCUGCACGGCGCCUACGACCGCCGAACCCGCAACCCCUACUGGGUCGCCGAGCACCUAACGCGCGACUCCGUGUCCAGCGUAAUCGGGCGCCGCAAGAACAAUUUCCGGCAGGACCCGUCCAUCCCCGCGACGUUCCGCGCCCGGGUCUCAGACUACAGCAAGAGCGGGUACGACCGGGGCCACCAGGUCCCCGCCAACUCCGCGCGGUGGUCGCAGGAGGCCGUGGACGAGACGUUCAAGAUGUCGAAUAUGUGUCCGCAGGUGGGCGAGGGGUUUAACAUGCACUACUGGGCGUAUCUGGAGGACUUUUGCAGGAAUCUUACGAGCCGGUACCCGUCUGUGCGGGUGAUUACGGGGCCGCUGUACCUGCCCGCCAAAGGGGAGGACGGGAAAUGGCGGGUUAGCUAUGAGGUUAUUGGGCAGCAAAGCGCUGGCAGUGGCAGUAAGGAUAAGGAUGAGGAGCCGUUGCCGAAUGUGGCGGUUCCGACGCACUUCUAUAAGAUUAUUUUUGGGGAGGAGGAGAAUGAUGAUCACCGGAUUGGGGGGCAGGUUGCGGUGGGCGCUUUUGUGUUGCCGAAUGCGCGGAUUGCGAAUGAUAGGGAUCUGGGGGAUUUUGAGGUUGCGCUUGAUAAUGUUGAGAGGGCGAGUGGGCUGGAGUUUGCGCAGGAGCUUAAGUCGAGUCAGAGGAGGCGGCUGUGUGAGGAGGUCAAGUGCGAUCUGAAAGUGAAGGAUUUCAGUGAUGCGGUUGAAGAUGUGACUGGGUUGAUGGCUGGUGCUAAGAUUUGA